AGGUCUGUCGGGGCUCUUCGAUUCGGGACUCCAUCAUGCCAGCAGCGCCAACCCCGAUGCCUCCGUCAUGAACCUCAUCUCGGCGCUGGAGUCGCGGGGCCCCCAGCCCGGCCCCUCGGCCUCCUCGCUGCUCUCUCAGUUCCGCACCCCCACCUGGCAGACAGCCAUGCACACUCCGGCCCCGACUGAUAUCUUCCUCUCGAGCGCCAUCCCCGGCUCGGGCACCUUCCCGUCGUCCUCGGCGCUGUCGGCCUACCAGCACCCGGCCUCCUUCAGCGGGCGCAGCUUCCCGGUCAGCUCCUCGCUCAGCCUGCAGGACGCGGCCUUCAGCCCCAGCUCCAACGGGCUCCUGUCCCCGCACGACCCGCUGCUGCACAUCAAAUCCUCCCAGGCCAGCGUCCCCUCCUCCCUCAGCUUCGACCGGCUGGGCAGCGCCGUGCUGGGCACCGGCCUGCCCUCCCAGAGCUCGGCCUACCGCAGUGCCCAGGAGUCGGCCUCCCGCCACCUGCCCUCCCAGUUCAACCUGCUUUCGUCCUCCCUGGGGCCCUCGGACCAGUCCUCGCAGCUGUACAACGCCUCCGUCUUCUCCAGCUCGCCCGCCGCCUCCAUGGAGCGGGCCAUCCCCCGGCAGGACAGCGUCAUCAAGCACUACCAGCGCCCCUCCAGCGCCCAGCCGCAGUUGCCCGCCGCCCACUCCCUGCAGCACUACCUGAGCUGUGGGGGCAGCUACCAGCAGAUGUCCCACCGCGCCGGCCUCUCCUGCAGCCCGCUGGGCGAGCCCUCGCCCGCCGGCUCCGAGGGCUCCCAGAAGCCGCCGCAGGCCCCCCGCCAGGAGCCCGGGCAGAGCUACCGGCCCAUCAUCCAGUCGCCCGGCUACUCGGGCGCGGCGGCCGGCUCCUCCUCCAAAUCCAAGAGCUACUCGGCCUCCCGCCAGACCCCCCGCUCCACCGCCACCCCCAAGUGCCAAAGCAGCUUCUCCGUCUCCGUCGCCAAGCCCAGCUCGGUCAUCGCCAGCCAGUCCCAGGCCUACUCGCCCGGCCAGCCCCAGAGCCUGCUGUCCAUGAGCCAGCCCCAGAGCUACGCCGUCAGCCAGCCCCAGAGCCUCUCCUCUGUCAGCCAGGCCUCCCAGUUCAGCGGCAGCCAGGCGCAGGACCUGACCAGUGUCAGCAAGGCCCAGAGCUACGGCCCGGGGCAGGCCCAGCCGGGCGGGCAGGCCGGGCAGGGGCUGCAGCCCUGCGUGAGUCAGAGCCAGGCCUACUCUCCGGAGCAACUGCAGGGGCUGUCGACGGUGGGUUACAGCGUCCAGGCCGAGCCUCACGUCUCGGUGAGCCAGACGCCCAGCUACGGGCCGGCCCACUCCCAGGGCAUGCCCACCGCCAGCCCCUCGCUGAGCUACAGUACCGGCCACUCGCCCGCCAUGCCCAGCCACCCGCAGCCCAUCGGCUACGCCCACGGGCAGAGCCUCCCCGACUCCAGCCCCUCGCAGAUCGGCCGGCCCCUGCAGUCGCCCACGGCCGCCCGGCCCCAGAGCGUGAACUCGCCCGGCCAGUCCCAGAAGUACCUGACGUCGGUGCUGUCGCCUUCCUUCAUGCAGCCGGCGCACGGGCAGAGCUACCCGGGCGUGGAGCGAGCGGCCUCCUACGGCAAGGCCAAGGCCGAGUCGGACCUGCUGGCGGCCGAGCGGGCGGAGGACGAGGAUUUCCUCAUUCAGCACCUGUUGCAGUCCCAGACGCCGCCCCCCCGGGGGCCGGCCGAGGGGCUGGUGCAGUGCGAGGAGCGGGGGGCCAAGGGGCUGGCCUACGGGGGGCUCAGCAAGUCCGAGGAGCGCUACCACCUGCAGAGCGUCAUCCGCACCAACUCCAACCUGGACAGCCAGGGCCUGGAGCUGUCUCUGCAGGGCCUGAAGGAGAAGAAGAAAGGGGAGCGGCCCCACGCCCGCUCCACCCCAGAAGCGCUCGCCACCUCCGUGGUGCAUUACAGCCACCAGGCCGGCUCCAUGGAGAGCUACGCCCAGGACAUGAAGAAGUCGGUGGAGCACCUGCAAGCCGGGGCCAAGGACCUGGGCCAGGCCCACUCCUACCUGCAGAAGACCCCCGAGCACGGCCCCCAGCCCCACCGCAUGGUGGGCGAGCCCCCGCCCAUGGAGCUGCUGCCCGGCCAGCAGGGGGCGCCGCUGCUGCUGGACUCGUCCCCCGACCUGCCCCAGCUCUCCCUGCCCCCCCAGCAGCAGCAGCAGCAGCAACAGUCCCAGCUCCUGCAGUCGGUGCUGACGCACACCCAGAGCCAGCUGCAUUCCCGGGCCAAGGUGCACCUGCUGGAGCCGCAGCGCCUGCACCCGGCCGAGCCCCCCUCGCCCCAGCUCCAGCUGCAGGCUCUGGAAGCUCACCUGCACCAAGCCCACGUCCGCUCGCAGGGCCUGGACCCCCAGCAGUCGCCCCAGCUCCAGGGCCAGCUGCAGGCUGAGAACAUGGAGGUGCUGGGCCAGUCCCAGGAGAUCCAGGACUUCCUGGAGCCCGACCUGAGCCUGGAGUCCCACCUGGGCCAGGGCGGGGCUGGCCUGGAGCCCGACUCCUCCCAGCAGGUGCCCCAGGCCCGGCUGGAGGCCAAGGACCAGUUUGAGAGCCCCAGCCCACAGGGCUCCAAGCAGCGCUUCGUGCCCCUCACCUCCAUCUGCUUCCCCGACUCGCUGCUGCAGGACGAGGACCGCAGCUUCUUCCCCGGCAUGGAGGACAUGUUCGGGCCGGGGGCGUGCGGCCCCGACGACUUCCCCAAGCCGGGCUGCGGGGAGGACGAGCCCCCCAGCCUGGAGCGGGCCGAGGGCCUGAAGGGGGGGGCCGGCGGCUACGACAUGCUGCCGGCCGGCCAGGGCUACCAGGGCUACUGCCCCGGCGAGGGCGGGGACGGCUCCCACCUGGCCAUGGAGCCGGUCAAGCACGAGCUGCCCUCCACCGUCAACGCCGAGCCGCUGGGGCUGAUCCAGGCGGGCCACGGCGGGCCGGAGGGGGCGGCCAAGCCGGGCCUCACCUCGCCCAUCUUCUGCUCCUCCAAGCCCAAGAAGCUGCUAAAGACCACCUCCUUCCACCUGCUCAAGAAGCGGGACCCCCCGUUCCAGCCCCCCAAGAAGGCCUACGCCCAGGAAUACGAGUUCCAGGACGACGAGGACAAGGCCGACGUGCCGGCCGACAUCCGCCUCAACAGCCGGCGCCUGCCCGACCUGCUGCCCGACCUCAUCUCCAGCUGCCGGGCCCGGCCCAGCCUCAGCCCCAUGGGCGACAUUGACUUCUGCCCCCGCCACAGCGCCGCCGACGGCCCCAAGAAGCGGGGACGCAAGCCCACCAAGCCCAAGCGGGACGGGCCCCCCCGGCCCCGCGGCCGGCCCCGCAUCCGGCCCCUGGCCGAGCCCCACGGCGUCCUGCCCCCCGACGGCGCCAAGAAGCCCCGGGGUAGGGGGCGGGGGCGGGGCAAGAAGGGGGGCGAGGAGGGGGGCGAAGGAGGGGCCGGUGCCGAGCCCCUCAAGCCGCUCAAGAUCAAGCUGGCGGUGCCCAAGGGCGGCGAGGGGGCCCCGGCAGAGCCGGCCCCCCCUGGGCCGGUGCCCCCCGAGGCCGGGCUGGACAGCAGCCAGACGCGGGAGAAGAUCAAGGCGAAGAUCCGGGAGGUGGAGGAGAAGCAGCCGGAGAUGAAGUCGGGCUUCAUGGCCUCCUUCCUGGACUUCCUCAAGUCGGGCAAGCGGCAGCAGCUGCCCACGGCCGCCGCCAGCCCCCCCAAGACCCCCCGGCCCCCCGCGGCCCAGCCCCCCUUCGGCCUGGCGCCCCCCCUGCUGCCGGGGGCGCUGGACGGGGCCGAGGGCGAGGGGCUGGUCAUGAGCUGCACCAGCCCCUGCAAGCGGCUGGACGAGGAGCUGAAACGCAACCUGGAGACGCUGCCCUCGUUUUCCUCCGACGAGGAGGACUCGGUGGGCAAGAACCAGGACCUGCAGAAGAGCAUCUCGUCCGCCAUC